GAAGUGUGAUACCAAAGAAGUGAUGAAGUCAGUGUUUUCGGGGUGUUUAGUCACGUUAUUGUUUAUGCAGGGAUCCAGCAACUUAAUAAAGUGAAAUCUGUUUCCUCUUUUAUGUUGAGAGUUUGCUAAUACUUUUAAUAGUAAGAACUUUAUAAGUAGUGGUGAUAUAAAUACAUGUACCGUCUGUACCUAAUAGGCCAUUACGGAAUUAUAACACCAUCAAUCUCAUCAUCAUACACUAAUAGUAUUGGGCUGGUUCCAGCUAGAUCUAAACUGUCUCAGUAUCGGUUUUGUCAACUUAAGAUAAGGCUGAUUGAGAGAAGUAAGUUGAUAUUAAAAUUAACUGUAGUUAUACCACAAGUGAUCUCAGCACGUAGAGCUCUAAUCGUUACUAUAAACACAAAUAAAUACUUAUCAUAAGAGUCACAGGCUCAUUUUCAACCCACACUUAUCCUUACACCU